AUGUGUUAUACGUUUGGAAAUGUAAGAAGAGAGAGAGAGAGAGAGAGAGAGAGAGAGAGAGAUGUUGUGGGUAAGGUGCUGCAGAGACAGGACCACCCCUCCCUUUCCAACCAGCAGUGUCUCCGCAUCAGGGAGAAGGAAAAGCAGGAGUUUGUGAGGAUGCAGAGUAAGAGAAGAGCAUCUCUAAAUAACUUCAGAUUUGGUGGAACUGCUUCAGAAGACUCUCCAAGCAUCUUGGUAUACAAUAACAAGCCUCGUCAGUUCAGCUAUUACGUGCAGGAAGAAGUAAAGAUGGCGAACACGUCAACCCCUACAGUGAUUGAGAAUUUUGGGCAAGUGGAUCUAAUCUACAUCUCUAUCGAGAGCACCAUUGCCCUUGCAUCAGUGCUGGGGAACGUACUGGUGGUCUUGGUGAUCGCCAUGAACCAAACUCUCAGAGAUCCCACCUUCUGUUUCAUUGUAUCUCUGGCACUGGCUGAUAUUGCCGUUGGCUCUCUGGUCAUUCCCUUGGCGGUGGUUAUCAGUCUUGGGCUAAUGACCCCAUUUUACUCCUGCCUCUUCAUCUCCUGUCUACUUGUCAUCAUCACUCAAAGCUCUAUACUGUCCCUGUUGGCCAUCGCCAUCGACCGCUUCUUACGUGUCAAAAUCCCCACCAGCUACAACAUCAUCGUUACGCAGAGACGGGCAUGGUUAGCUGUGGGUUUGUGCUGGCUCCUAUCUUUUCUGGCCGGUUUAGUGCCCAUGGCCGGCUGGCACCACAGCCUACCCGGGAACAGCAGCACGGUGCCCAUACAAUGCCAGUUCACCAGUGUCAUGAGACUGGAUUACAUGGUCUACUUUAACUUCUUCGGUUGGGUGGUGGUACCCCUGUCGGUCAUGAUUGGACUGUAUGCAGAAAUUUUCCGCGUGAUUUGCCGCCAGCUCAAUCGCAGAGCCGAGGCUACUACUACCGACUCCAGCAAGUACUACCGCAAAGAGCUGAAACUGGCCAAGUCGUUGGCGCUAGUUCUCUUUCUGUUUGCUCUCUGCUGGCUGCCGCUCCAUUGUAUGAACUGCAUUGAGUUUUUUUGCCCUACAUGUAAUGUGCCAAAGAGCGCCUUUUAUGUGGGUAUCUUUAUGUCGCACGGCAACUCUGCCCUCAACCCGUUGGUGUACGCGUUCCGUAUCCAGCGCUUCCGUGAUACACUCAUUCACAUCAUCCAGCGAUUCGUGCUUUGUAAAACCUCAACUAUCUCAAGCUACCAUGGUCCUGGACCAAUCACUGAAAAAACACAAGUUCAGGUGUAG